AUGUCAGACCCAAAAGCGUACGCCAUCGGCUGGAUAUGCUCUAUUACAACGGAAUAUACUGCUGCAAAACAGUUUCUCGACGAGGUACAUGACGAGCCAGACUCAUUAUCAGCCAAUGACAACAACGCCUACACACUCGGCAAGAUUGACAAGCACAAUGUGGUUAUUGCUGUGUUGCCCGAUGGGGAGUACGGAUUAUCCUCCGCAGCACGAGUCGCAGAAAGUCUGCUCCAUAGCUUUCCCAGCGUCAAAAUUGGGUUGAUGGUCGGUAUCGGUGGUGGGGUUCCCAGUGCGAAGUGUGACAUUCGAUUGGGUGAUGUUGUCGUCAGCUCGCCUCGAGAUGGGUUCCUGAAUCAGCCACCAGAAGCACUACGAGCGGCAGUGGUCCAGCUCCAAAGCCACUACGAGAGCGACGGCCAUGAUUUUGACCAAACUAUCAACGCUAUUCUGGAGAAGAAAAAGAGACUCCGAAAGAAGUACAAGCGUCCCGACCCAGGCAGCGACAGACUGUAUCAAAGCACGUUCGUCCAUAAGGCCGAUGGAGAGGACUGUUCGGUAGUCUGUGGGGAUGCAGUGUCCCACUUGGUGACAAGGCAGCAACGAGACGAAGAGGAUGACGAUCCAGCCAUUCAUUAUGACCUUAUCGCUUCGGCAAAUACAUUGAUGAAAGAUGCUUCAAUCCGAGACAAACUAAGUACUGAGAUGGGUGUGCUAUGCUUUGAGAUGGAAGCAGCAGGGCUGAUGAAUCACUUUCCCUGCUUGGUUAUUCGUGGCAUAUGCGAUUAUGCAGACUCCCACAAGAACAUGGAAUGGCAGGGAUAUGCAGCAAUGACUGCUGCCUCCUAUGCCAAAGAUCUUCUCAGAAGGCUCACUUUGGCCAACAUCCAGAAGGAGAAGAAAAUCACUGAAUUAAUCUCGAACAUUGGCGAAAAUACAUACAAGACCGAAUCUCAUGUUGCGAGCUUGAAUUCCACAUUUACUAGCUGGAAAGACCGUCAAAUCCUUGAUUGGCUGACGAAAUUCGAUUAUGGCCCUCAACAGAGCGAUCAUCUUAGCCGAAGGCAACCAGGAACCGGAAUGUGGUUCCUCGAAUCAACGGAGUACAAGAAUUGGCGAGAUUCUGAUGCGCAGAUACUUUUCUGUCCAGGAAUGCCUGGAGCUGGGAAGACAAUAUUGACUUCUAUAGUGGUUGAAGACCUUACUGCUAGAUGCUCGAUUGACCCCACUGUUGGCCUUGCAUAUGUCUUUUGCGACUUCCGACUGGAAGAUCAACAGAGUGUUGGGCACAUGCUAGCCAGUAUUCUCAAGCAACUUGCUCAACGCCAAUCCUCUCUGCCUGAAAGCGUUAAAUUACUUUACGACCACCAUGAGCCGGCACGGACUAGACCCUCACUUGAGGAACUAUCAAAGUGUAUCCAAUCUGUGAUAGCAACUUACAGAACGGUCUUCCUGGUUAUCGACGCGCUUGACGAAUGCCAGAAAUCGAAUGACUGUCAAAACAUAUUCAUAGAUCAUCUUCUUCACAUUCACAGGAUUGAGAAAACAAGCCACUCAAAGAUGCUGGUUACUUCCCGGCCGAUCCCAGAAAUCGCGGAGAGAUUUCGCGGCGUGGAGUUGAAGAUCCGCGCUGAUCAAAGUGAUGUGGAAACCUAUUUAUACGGCCGCAUUGCCCAAGCGGGAUCGGGAAUCCUCAUUUUGUACAAGCAAGAAAUAGUGACUCAGAUUACUAGAUCUGUCGAUGGAAUGUUUCUGCUAGCGCAACUCCACUUUGCCACCAUCAAAUCAAAACUGACACCCAGGGCCGUGAUGGAAUCUUUGAGUGCUCUUCGCUCAGGAAUUGAGGCAUACAACCAGGCAUAUGAUAAUGCCAUGGAGCGGAUCAAGGCUCAAAAUCGGGAUGCCUCAAACCUCGCAAUGGAAACUCUGAAAUGGAUCACUCAUGCCAUCAGGCCCCUUGAAAUCCAGGAACUCCGCGAGGCCCUGGCGGUGAAGCUGGGCACACGGGAACUGGAUCGCUACAAUAUGCCAGAUAUCAGAGAUAUAGUAUCCGUUUGCGCAGGUCUAGUCAUGGUAGACGAGAACAGCGACAGCAUUCGUUUGGCUCACUACACCACACAAGUCUAUUUCAAAACAAAUCAAGACUCAUUCUUCCCUAAUGCCCAGGCGAUGUUAGCCCAGACUUGUGUUACAUAUCUGUGUUUCGAUAUAUUUGACAGUGGUUUUUGUCAAAAUCGCAAGGACUUUGCAGCUCGGCGCCAACACUAUGCACUCUAUAAGUACUCAUCAAAAUAUUGGGGGCUUCAUGCCCGCGGAACGGAGAUCGAAUCAGCAAGUCUUACCCUCGAAUUUCUCAGAAAUGGUCACAAAGUGUCUGCCUCUGCCCAAGCUUUUAUAGAAAAAUAUCGGCCUUGGUUAAGCAUGUGGCUCGGCCCAAGUCUCUCUUUCUCUGGCCCCUCCUACUGCUCCUCCUACUAUGAUGUUGCAUCUGAGAGUCGUGGCUCCCGGAAUGAUGGUUAUGAGGCCAAUGGCUCCAAGUGGGGCUCUGACUGGGAUGAUAGAACCGAACAGGAGAGCCUUGUCAAUCAUACCCCAGAGGAACCUAGCUCGCUGGAUGAUAUACCCAUCCCUGAUGUUCCCUCGGUUGAUGAAAUUUCUCGAUAUUCCUGCCAGACAAGUCCAUUGAAUAUCCACGUGAUUACAGGUCUUCAUCUCGCAGCUCACUUUGGUUUGAGCGAGACCGUCGAUCAACUCCUCAAUUCCAAGCAGAAUCCAGAUGCGAUAGACCAUGACGGCUACACACCCGUACACUGGGCUUUGAGGGCGCGUCAAAGUAUAGUUGCCCAAAAGCUAGUCAGGAAUGGGGCCAGCUUAGAAUUGCGAGAUAAAACAGGCCGAACCCCGCUUACCUGGGCUAUCAUCGAUGCUGAUUUGGAUGUUGUUGAGCUGCUACUCAAAAACGGAGCAGACCUGGAAUCGCGAGACCAAACAGGCCGAGCCCCACUUUCCUGGGCUGUUACUGAUGCUCGACUGGAUACUAUUGAACUAUUACUCCAGAAUGGAGCAGACCUGGAAUCGCGAGAUGAAUCAGGCCGAACACCUCUUUCAUGGGCAGUCGAACGUGACUAUACAUAUACAAAAGAUUUGCUACUUGAGAUCGGAGCAGACCUGGAAUCGCAAGAUACGGCAGGUCAAACACCUCUUUUCAGGGCAGUCGAACGACACUCGUUAUCUGCGACAAAAUUGCUACUUGAGAACGGAGCAGACCUGGAAUCGCGGGAUGAAACAGGCCGAACACCUCUUUCCUGGGCAGUUAAAUAUCGCCUUAGAUCUGUGACAAGAUUACUACUUGAGAACGGAGCCGACCUGGAAUCGCGAGAUAAGACAGGCCGAACACCUCUUUCCUGGGCAGUUACGACAGGGGAUAGGGGAGUCGUCGAGCUGCUACUUGAGAAAGGAGCUGAUAUGAACGCAAGAGAUGAUUCAGGCCAGACUCCAUUAGACUUGCGAGAAAGCCUCACUAACAAAGGAUACUGGAGGCAACAAGGCUUUCAGGAUGAUGGCUGCAAAGGAGAGGGGCUGAGAAUGUUUCCAAUGAAAAUUUCUAGGCGAUUCGAAAGCGGUUGA